AUGGUGCUUUCAUACAUAAUUGAAAAAAUCCCAGUAUUGACUGAGGAUCCAUUCUUACAAUAUAGACCAUUCCCAGAAGUUCCAAAAACUCUAUUUCAAAGACAUUGGCAUGAAAUCUUUGCUUCAUUUACGUUUUAUUUCAUUAUCCAACACUUGUCUGGACCAAUAUUUUCCAUAAUAAUGGGCCCACGGUACACGAAGUUAUCCAAAUCUACCAGAGUGAAUUUUGACGUGCAUGUAACUUCGAUGGUGCAAUGCUUUGUUUCAUUUGCACUCAUGGUUCCUCAUUUGAACAACCCGCAUUGGGCGAACAGAUUAAAUGAUCCAGUCAAUUCGUUAUUAGGCUCAACAGAUUUUGGUGGACUAGUAUGUGCGGUUACAAUGGGGUAUUUUAUUUGGGAUCUUUACGUGUGUGCUAAGUACUUUUCUUUAUUUGGAGUUGGGUUUUUAUUUCAUGGAUUUGCUGCAAUGUACGCUUUUGCUACUGGGUUUGUUCCGUACUGUCAACCAUGGGCAGGACCAUUUUUAACAUUCGAGUUGAGUACUCCAUUUGUCAAUAUUAACUGGUUUGCAUCCAAGUUGCCUGCGGGAACGUUUUCGGAAAAGACAAUAAUUAUCAACGGAAUACUACUUAUGGUGACCUUCUUUUGUGUUCGUAUAAUUUGGGGUUUUUAUGCUGUUUCCCAACUUGCAGUUGACAUGUUGGCUUCGUUGGACCAAGUGAAUAAAUUAUUACCGAUCUCCUUGUUGAUUUUAAACUUUUUGCUUAACAGUCUUAACGUGUUCUGGUUUUAUAAAAUGGUAAUGAUAGCCAGAAAAAAGGCAAGGGGCCAAGAGUCGACUAGAGAAGCAGCUAAUGAGGUUAGAGAGAAAAUAGAAUAA